AUGAAAUAUUUUCGUGUGUGUGAUUGUAUUGCUUAGCUCAUAUAUUAAUAGUUAAAAUCCAAGUCUCAAUUCUAAUCAGGAAGGGAGUCAUUUAAAUAAAAAAGAAAAACAUUAUAAAUAUUUUUAGCUUUCUUUGCUUUUUUCUAGAAUAAAAUCGUAAUAUAAAAUUUAAAAUUAAAGUGUAAAUUAAUUUAUUAUUUAAUUAAAUUUUUGCACCAAAAAUGAUAGAAAAUGAAAAAGAUAUAUGUUGUUCUAAAGGACACUAACUACAUGUUGUUACAGUUGUGCUAGAUCCAAAAUUAAUAAAAAAUUAGAGGCUAUUAUGCACAGAAUGUUUAGAGACCACAGAGAUAGAGGCCAAAGUGGUUGGUCUAAAGAUAAUUACUUAAUAUAUUAAAGAUGGUUAGGUAAAGAAGAUGGAGAGAAUAGAAAACAUUAUAAUUAAUUAAGUAAAAUAAAUUGAAUAAUUACUUGGUGCUGUUAAUUAAUUGAAAUCAGUUGUAAUUCAAUAAUUAGACUAAUUUAUAACAAUAAUUAAAGAUUGGAUAUAGAAUCUAUUAUCUUAAGGUUCAUAAUAUGCUAAAUUUAGUUUUUUUGAGGAGUUAGAUAUGAUUAUUUUGAAGUAGAAUAAAAUUGAAAUUAAUUUUGAAAAAAUAAUCAAUGAAAUUCAUAAAACCAAUUACUCUUGGAAUUCAAAAUUGCAUCCGAAAUUAGAAUAUUUUAAUAAAUUUGUAGAAUAUAAUAAAUGUAAAGAAUUAUUGUCGAAUAUGGAUUUAAAUUCUUAGAAAUUUAGCCAAAGUGAAUAAUAAAAUUAAAUCAAAGUAAAUCCUUAACAACAACCUAAUUAGAAUUAAUAAUAAGUAUUAUAAUUAGUAGAAAUCAAAUUAAAGUUAAUUGAUUAAUCAAUUAAAUAAAUUAUCAAAUGUAAUGCAAUUGUUUUUGAUUCUUCUGGAUCAAUAAUGGUAUCAACAGAAAAGAAUGAUAUUAAAGUCUGGAGUUUUCUUAAUGGAACAAUCAAAUUAAUAAAAGUUUUGUAAGGACAUAGUAAUUGGAUUUAAUGUUUAGUUUAUAGUAAGAAAUAAAAUUCCUUUAUUUCAGGUAGUGGAGACAUGAGCAUAAGAUGUUGGCAGCAACUGGAUUAAACUAAUUGGAACAGUUCUUUACCUUAUAUAUAUCAUAGAGAUUUUGUAAGAUGCAUUUUAUUGAAUUCAAAUGAAGAUUUACUAUUUUCUGGAGGUGAUGAUAAAUAAAUUAUAGUUUGGAAGGCUGAUUUAAAUGAAAAUAAAUUGAAAUGUCUUUAUUCUUUAGAUAAACAUAACAAUUCAGUUGUUGCCUUGAGUUUAAAUUAAUCAGAAAAAUAUUUAGUAUCAUGCGCUAGAGAUAAGAAUUAAAUAAUUAUUUGGGAAAGAAAGAACGAAAAUAAGUUUGAAUUCAAAUAUUUCGUUAACUAAUCAAUCUAAAGCUGUGGGUUUAAGGUUAAGUUUAUUAAAGAGAACUAAUUUAUCUGGAUAACUGGUAAUAAAGAUAUAGAUUAACUAUAUGUAUUUGAAUUAAAAGAUGGAGUCUUUUAAGAGAAUUAAGAGAAGGCAAUAAAAUUAAUACAGAAUUAGAUGACAGUUGAUGAAUAUCAUUUUCCAAUCACAUACAAUAAAGAGAAGAAUUUAAUAGUGUUUUGA